GCAGCAGGGAGGGAGGUUCUGGUGUGAGUCUUUCGAGUACGAAUGUGAGUGCGAGUGUGAGGGAGUGAGUGAGAGUGCGUGAGAGCGUGAGUGCGUAGACUAGAUCACGGGAGUGGGGGCGUUGUUGUUGUUUGCUUUGCUGCUGCUGCUGCUGCUGCUGCUCUCUCUCUCUCUCUCUCUCUCUCUCUGUGUCUGUCUGUCUAUCUGUCGCGCAGGGCGUUCGCAUCCCUCCUCCUCCUCCUCCGCCAUUUUGCAAGCCGGGCACUUGGCUUUUGCUGUGCACGUUCUCUUCCUGUUCAGGGUUAAGAUUCUGCUGGGCUCUCUGACGUUGUGCAGUAUGUAGAUCGUGUUACUUUGGUAGCGUGGAUCGACUGUGUUGCAUUGCAGUUCUCACAUGGAUGUUUAGAUAGAUUCAGGAUCGCUGAAAUUUGUAGUGUGAACAGUUAGGGCUCGAUAGUGAUGUUCCUUCGUGCAGUUCUUCACCUUUUGUUUUGGACAAAUUCAUUUGCGCCCUUUGCUUGGGAUUUACGAAUUUUCUCGUUCGCUUAUUCAAUUGCGCAAGCCUAAUUAAUUAGCAGGUGGACAUCGGGCUGUUUCGUGAUUCGACUUGUGUUUGGAUUGUGGCCGUGGAGGAGAUAUCGGUGAGUUUGCCAGCUCAUCAGCACCCGGCGAUCGUUCCUCAGCGCUGAAUCGCUGCUGCCAGAACUAUUUUAGUGUCUGUCUUGUUGGUCGAGGCUUUUAGUGCCCAAUUAGGUUUUGCCAAUUUUUCAGUCUCGUGAUGUUUCUGAUACACUGCAUUUUAUGGAGUUCGUGCGCAGUGCAUUCAUUGCUAUGGGGUUUUUGAGCGUUAAUGGAAACAUGGUGGGGUUGUGUUUGUAGCGAAUUUUAUUUUAAGAGUCUGUACUUGCAUGUUAUCAAUCUGUUCCAAAAUUCCGGGCUGCGGAUAGAUUCUCUCGGGAAGGGGCAAUUUACUUUUCGAUAAUUAGGGUUGGGAGAAGUUGGAGUAGCUAUGGCGUCGGCAAUGAUGGAGUCCUUAUUCCAGAGGACAUUAGACGACCUUGUGAAAGGAUUGCGGCUGCAAAUGGUAGGCGAGUCGCGUUACUUGGCAAAAGCGUUGGAGGAGGUUCGGAAGGAGAUGAAGUCCACGGACCCUAUCAUCAAGGUGACUGCUCUUCAAAAACUUACGUACCUGCAGAUGGCCUGUGGAGCGGACAUGUCUUGGGCCUCGUUCUGUGCAGUGGAGGUCAUGACUAUGACCAGAUUUUCACACAAGAAAGUAGGUUACCUCGCAGCGUCGCAGAGCUUUCAUGAAGGCACGGAUGUCUUGGUACUCACCACAAACUUGCUGAAAAAGGACUUAGGAAGCAAGAACGAGUAUGAGACAAGCUUGGCCAUCGAAUGCCUGUCUCGGAUUCUAAAUGCGGAUCUUGCAGCCGCCCUGACCCCUGAAGUGUUUACCUUGAUGGCCAGCAGCAGGAGCUAUAUACGUAAAAAGGCUACCUUAGUGCUACUCAGGGUUUUUGUGAAGUACCCAGACGCAAUCAGGGUUGCCUUCAAACGGCUUGUGGAGAAGAUGGAUGACGCGGAUCCACAGGUAGUGUGUGCAGCAGUAAGCGUUUUAUGUGAAUUGACCUUGAAAGAGCCGCGGGCUUACCUUCCUCUUGCACCCGAAUUUUACAGGUUACUGGACAAGUCCUCCAACAAUUGGCUUUCAAUUAAGCUAGUGAAAAUCUUUGGAGCUUUGACUCCCCUUGAACCCCGCUUGGGACGCAAAAUAGCAGGGCCUUUGUGCGAUCUCAUGAGGAAGGUACAUGCCAAAUCGCUGCUCUUUGAGUGCAUACGCACAGUCACGCUUGGGUUGCGUGAUCACACAGGAGCAGUGAAACUAUGUGUUGAGAAACUGAGGGAAAACAUGGACCUUGGAGAUCCGAAUUUGAAGUACCUGGGUCUGAAGGCUCUUGCUGCGUUGAUGGAUUCCCAUCCAUGGGCUCUGGCUGAGAGCAAGGAAGUCAUCAUCAAGUGCCUGAAUGACGGAGAUAUAAGCAUUCAGAGGAGAGCGCUUGUUCUUAUUAUGGGGAUGGUUUCUGAAAGCAACGUUGUAGAGACAGUGCAGGUUCUUCUCCGCUAUGCCCAGUCAGCAGAUGCGAGCUUUUGCAACGAAUUGUUGUCAUCUAUCCUUCAGACAUGCGGCCGGGCUCGGUAUGAGAUAGUGUCUGACUUCGGCUGGUAUGUAACAGUUUUGUCAGACAUCGCUUGCAUUCCUCAUAGUGAGCAUGGAGGUGAAGUAGGUAGGCAACUCAUGGACGUUGCAAUUAGAGUAGAAUCUGUACGAACGGACGUAGUGAGGGCAUGUUGUGGGCUCCUUGCCGACCCCGCCCUUCUGGGGAGACCUGCUUUACAAGGCGCCCUCUGUGCGGCAGCUUGGAUAGUUGGGGAGCACAUUACACGGGCACCUCACGGACCAUAUGAGGUUCUGGAGGCUCUUCUCCAACCCCGCACUCGUCUUCUGCAUUUCUCUGUACAUGCGGUCUACCUCCAGACAGUCUUGAAGGUUUUUGUAUCAUAUGCAAUCAGUUACCAACACAGGUAUUUUGCAAAGAAAGAAGUCCUGGAGCAAGAGGAGGUUGUUACGCAGCGUGGGUCCUUGCAUGCGGCAGUGGAGCUGAUCAAAGAGAAUAUCACCCCUUUGAUGAAUAGUGUGGACAUGGAAGUGCAGGAGAGGGCAUGUAACGUUUUGGGUCAACUUCAACCUUUCGAGGAUCCCAACGAUAUACAUCGAGUGCAAGACGGAUUUGAAAUGCUGACCGCCCUCAGCGAGGUGUUUUCACUGGAUCUUGGGCCUGUCUCUGUACAUGCUCAGGGAAGAGUUCCCCUGCCUGAGAACCUUUUAAUCGAGAAUAAUCUUGAUGCUCUAGGCCCUGUUUGUGGCAGUGAUGACGUUCUCUUGAACACUGGAGAGGCAAAAACUAGCACCUCAUAUCGAGAAUGGGAAGCUGAGUUCAACUUUCAACCCCCCAGUAAAGAGAAUCUUUCUGGUGUGGAUCCUUCAAGCGCUGCUUUGUUACAGCAGCAUCGUCACAGAUAUGAAAAUUUUUACUUGCCCAGCGAUGCACCGGUUGUUGAUUACCCGCCUGCUCAGCUUACAUUGUCUGCUGCAACUACAGCAUCUACGUCACAUGGACCAACUGAUUCAUCAGUUUUCAAUGAGAAUUCCCUGGUGUGGACUAAACCUCGGCAGGCCAAGGCUCGCCGACCAGCAGUUGUUGCACUAGAUGAUGAAGAUGAUUUACCUGGCAUUUCCACACCUGUGAGCAAAAAGGGUUUGAAGGAUGAGUUAGUGUUUGAGGCAAUACGAGAUGCUCUUUCUGCAGAUAGGAAUAAGGGCCACAGUGCAGCUGACGGUUUGGAAACCCCUCAAGGUACUUCUUCUUCAAGGAAGUCUGGACAUGGUCACCGUUCCACGAAGAACAGAGAUGCCACCAAUCCUAGAGUUGAUGAAAUUCAGAUACAUGCUGGGGAUGGUGUUGGUCAGGAAGCUGACUCGCAAACACCAAAUGUUGUUCACAGGGAGCACAGAAGAAGCAGACAUCAUAGACCCUCGAAACUCGAAAUCCAUGUGAUCAAUGAUGGACUUAGCAGUGAAAACGAAAGUGAAGGUACUUUCAAACUGAGUGAAAAGGCACACAAAAAGAAACACAAACAUCGAUCUUCUCAUCCACGCAGCCGACGUCCGGGCAAAAGCCCCGUUUCCAACUCUCAGAAUUCUGGCUCGAUACCUGAUUUCCUGCUCUAGAACUUCGACAGUAUUUGCGAAAGUUCUUUAUUUCGUACCAUCGAUAAAUGUGGGAUUAAAUGGUCCCCUGUGGACACCAAGUAAGCUCUUGCUGUAGUUUCCUAUAAGGGUUUGUCGGGUUUUGUAGAGUAUCUGGCAACAGUCGUGGCCGUCGGCAGCAAGGGUGUUUAGUAUCAGAGCUGAUGCAGCUAGAGCCAGCAAUUGUGAAUUUGGAGUAGGCCUCGGACUGAAGUUCAAGGGAAGAAUGCGCUGUGACAAGCAUCUCUCUAGUGAUUAAAUUACAGUUACAGUUGCGAGAGGAGUUGCUUGGUGAAGCUCUAUUGUGUAAUGCUUCAUGGUUCCCAGGAGAAUGAUCAAGAAGGGCCUGGAUCAAGGUGUAGAACAGGGGUUGGUUCUGUUGUAAAGUUUUUGUAAAGCACUGUGGAUCCACACCUGGGUAAAAUCCAUCUUUCCUUUGUUUCAGUUCACUCAAUACACACGCAUGAUGGAAUCGAGUUGUUCCUCAAUUCGUCUUUAUAAUGUAUUCUUGUGCCAAUAUUUUAGACCGUC